UGUUUCCCAUCCCUCACCACAGCAAGAAUACGCAAAAUACUACAGCAAAAGAAAGAACUUCAAAUAUGAUGAAAGUUGUAAUUGUGGCCAUUUUGGCUUUGGCAACCGCCCUUGUUUCAGCUUAUGACCCUAGUCCUCUGCAAGACUUUUGUGUCGCAAUUAACAACACCGAUUCUGCUGUAUUUGUGAAUGGAAAAUUUUGCAAGGACCCAGCAAUUGUCACAGCCAAUGAUUUUUUCUUCUGUGGACUCAAUAUUCCUGGAAACACAGCUGCAAGUAAACUUGGAUCAAGUGUCAAUCUUGUGGACGUGAACAAAUUUCCAGGUCUCAACACUCUAGGCAUAUCUUUGGCUCGCAUUGACUUUGCACCAUAUGGCCUGAAUCCUCCUCACACUCACCCUCGCGGUACUGAGCUUUUGGUAGUCAUAGAGGGUACUCUCUUAGUUGGAUUUGUCACAUCCAACCCAAACAAACUCUUCACCAAAGUUCUAAACAAGGGAGACGUCUUUGUAUUCCCAAUUGGUCUCAUUCACUUCCAAUUCAACAUAGGGGAGACCAAUGCUUUGGCCUUUUCUGGUCUUAGCAGUCAAAAUCCUGGGGUAAUCACCAUAGCAAACGCAGUCUUCGGAUCAAAUCCUCCCAUCAAUCCUGAUGUUCUCAUCAAGGCCUUCCAGUUGGAGAAGAGUGUAGUAGAUUAUCUUCAAAAACAAUUCUAGUCAUUCUACAAUUUGGAAAAAAGUAUAUGUAACAACAAUGGCAAACCGCUAGAUAGUUUGAAUAAAGUUUGCCUGGUUUCCCUUACUGUAAU